CCGCUGCCGGCGCCGCGGUUUUCCAGGCGGAACGCGCGGCGGGCUCAGCGGGCUCGGAGGUUCGGCCGGGCUCGUGGCAGCGGGCAGCCCCGGCCCGAGCACCGGGCGCGCCUUCCUCGCCGCGACUCGCAGAAUUGAUUAUCUGAAGAAAUGGAUACUUCUCCCUCCAAAAAAUAUCCAGUGAAAAAACGGGUGAAAAUACAUCCCAAAACAGUGAUGGUGAAAUAUACUUCUCAUUACCCUCAGCCUGGGGAUGAUGGAUAUGAGGAAAUCAAUGAAGACUAUGGAAAUUUUAUGGAAGAAAAUCCAAAGAAAGGCCUGCUGAGUGAAAUGAAAAGAAAAGGAAGAACUUUCUUUGGAACCAUGGAUACCCGACCUCCACCGACAGAAGAUCCAAUGAGCAGUGAGAUUGGGCAAUUCCAGAGUUUUGCAGAAAAAAAUAUUUUUCAAUCCAGAAAAAUGUGGAUAGUGCUGUUUGGGUCUGCUUUGGCUCAUGGAUGUGUAGCUCUUAUCACGAGGCUUGUUUCUGAUCGUUCUAAAGUUCCAUCUCUAGAACUGAUUUUUAUCCGCUCUGUCUUGCAGGUCUUAUCUGUGUUAGUUGUGUGUUACUACCAGGAGGCCCCUUUUGGACCCAGUGGAUACAGAUUACGACUCUUCUUUUAUGGUGUAUGCAAUGUCAUCUCUAUCACCUGUGCUUAUACAUCAUUUUCAAUAGUUCCUCCAAGCAAUGGGACCACUAUGUGGAGAGCCACAACCACAGUCUUUAGUGCCAUUUUGGCUUUUUUACUUGUAGAUGAGAAAAUGGCUUAUGUUGACAUGGCUACAGUUGUUUGCAGCAUCUUAGGUGUUUGUCUUGUCAUGAUCCCUAACAUUGUUGAUGAAGACAAUUCUUUGUUAAAUGCCUGGAAAGAAGCCUUUGGGUACACUAUGACCGUGAUGGCUGGACUGACCACUGCUCUUUCCAUGAUAGUAUACAGAUCCAUUAAGGAGAAGAUCAGCAUGUGGACUGCACUGUUUACCUUUGGUUGGACUGGGACAGUCUGGGGAGUAUCUACUAUGUUCAUUCUUCAGGAACCCAUCAUCCCAUUAGAUGGAGAAACCUGGAGUUAUCUCAUUGCUAUAUGUGUCUGUUCUACUGCAGCAUUCCUAGGAGUUUAUUAUGCUUUGGACAAAUUCCAUCCAGCUUUGGUUAGCACAGUACAACAUCUGGAGAUUGUGGUAGCUAUGGUCUUGCAGCUUCUAGUGUUACACAUAUUUCCUAGUGUCUAUGAUGUCUUUGGAGGGGUAAUCAUUAUGAUUAGUGUUUUUGUCCUUGCUGGCUAUAAACUUUACUGGAGGAAUUUAAGGAGGCAGGAUUAUCAGGAAAUACUAGACUCUCCCAUUAAAUGAAUACCUGAUUAUUAUCUUGUUAACGUUAUUAAUAGGUACACUGCCAUUUUAAUGUUUACCUAUAAAUGUCUUUUGUGUUGUAUAAUUGACAGAGUGCUACAUAAUAUAUAAUUAAUAUAUGCAGAUGUAGAAAAAUUUAUUCUAGUCUAAUAUAU